AUGUUCUAUCGCUUCCCACAACUACCUACCGAACUUCGAUUGGAAAUUUGGAAAGAGGCAUGUCGCACUAUCAGCCCGAAUGAGCAUGGUAUCCAGUACAUCGACUUCUCCCGCAAAGGUGUUAUUCCACUGCAAUGCAACUGGCCUAUAGCCUCCACAGAACAGCCCCUAUACAAAACCAACAAUUCUGCGUACCUUAUUGAUGGAGGCCUUUGGACGGCCUGCAAGGAUUCCAGAGAGGUUAUUGUCAAACAUACCUAUUACGACUUUUGGAUGGAGGUGCAGCACGAAGCUAUCGGUGAAAAAGAACCUUUCCGCUGGUAUUGCCAUCACGAAGAUCUAUCUCACUUGGAAAACGUCCCAAUUCCCGCAACCAUCGACCUUGAAACAGUUGGCCAACGGUGGCAUAUGCUUGCCUAUCCCCAGCGAGACAUCUUUUGCAUCAAAGCAAAAGAUUGGAAGUCGACGUGCAAAGAAUUACGCAAAUAUCAACUGUGCAUGUCUUUUACACGGGGCAGGUCAUUGGAAUUUAGAAGCAGCCAUAAACAUGGUAAUUUCACGUUUGAGUGGUUGAAAGCUAUGCCGAUAGGGAAAGUCGCGUUCGAGUUCGAUCAGACGUGGAUGCAGAACUUACCAAAAGAAUUCAACACGCUCAAGAGAGAAAGAGACUCUUCUCGAGGGUGUUGGGCACGACGACUAUACAAUGCUUUAGGUAAUAAUCAACCUGACCUCUGGAUCAUCGACAAAAGCGCCAAGUGGAUUAGAUGCUCUAAUCAGAAUUACGACACAAUCUACCACGAUUGCGAAGGCGAGUAUGUCGAGGUCAAGUGGAAGGAUGUCUUUGACCAUAUCGGCGACGGGACAUCAGCAAGUGCAUCUGCGUUUAUCAAGUCUCCCUGCCUCCACUGGGGACAAGUAGAUGAGUACCUCCAAUGGGAAAUAUGGAAAUCGAGAAGCCUUGAUCACCUGGUACGGAGGUUCCAUAUGCAAGAUUUUGUUAAACUUCUUGUACGGCGAGACAAUGAGGUGAUGCCUCCUCAGAGACGUUGCAGGACUGAAUGCUAUGAUACUGGCUGCACUGUUGGUCACCAAAAUAGAAUGGCCUAA